AUGUCGUUCCUUCCUGCAGUCAGUUUUUUGACAGUGCAAAAUCAUCGCCCUUUUGCCCUUUUGCACAUUACCUCUUUAACACAUUUCCACAUUAUCACAUACAUUGCACCCUUUGCACUUGAGCCUUUUGCACAUUACAUUACCCCUGCAAAUGAGUAUCUUCGUCUGGCCAUCUGUUGCUUCUGGUCAUUGCCGUGUGGCAAGAGACUCACCGAGACCGUAAACACCCAUCACGAAGAUGAAGAUCACCAUUCUCAGCGUCACUGCUGGCGUUCUGGUCCUCUUCGGUACUACCCAGGCCUUCGAGGUCCCGGACGUCGUGCCCGCUGUCACCUUCAACAUGCCCAUCAACAUCACUGACAAGAACAACGCCACCGUCCCUAUCACUGGCACCAUCCAGCAAGCUGUAGCCAAAAUGGACACCGACUACCCCGGCUGGAAAGCCGCCUUCCAGGUCCCAUGCCCCCCCCCACACGUGGCCCCUCCAAGAAGCCCAAAAAGAUCGACUGCUGGCCCAAGGGAGAAGAGAAGACCGUCACCAUCAACAUCGAGGAUGGCAUCGCGUACCUCUCGGAUAUGCCCGGCCUCACCCAGAACGACACCGGCCAGUGCGGCCGCGUGAGCUGCUCGUACAACUGGGCCAUUCUCUGGCGCAACACCGAUGUCAAGAAGAAGUACGUUCCGUGGCUGGACAUUGCCGAUUCUGCGUUUGAUAUCUGCCCUUGA